AUGUCCGUCAAAACAUUCAACCAAGCCGUCAACACCAAGGUCAAGGUCACAACUCUCCUUGACCAAACUAUCACCGGCUAUAUAUACACGUUCUCAUCCUCCAACGAGGUGUUAGCACUCAAGGUGCUGAACCACGAGGCCAAGAAGGCAAACCCCAAAUCAGACACCUAUAGAAUCAUCAACACCUCGUUCAUAAAGUCGAUCCAGGUGUUGCCCCCCUACCCCAAAAAGGGCAACAAUUCCAAUGUCAUAAACAAGCACAUGCAGGUGAAUUACUCCAACAUCCUGAUACCGGAACUUGAAAGGUCCUUGAACGCAGCCAUCCAAAAUUAUAAGCCUGCCCCCAAACCCGAGCAUAACAAUUCCAACCACAUCACCAAUAAAUUGUUUGACAAGCUCAAGAAUAAGUUCGGUGCUGCCCAGGUGAAAAAAGCCGGCAAUGACAUCAUAUUGUUCAAUGAAAUCAAGCUUUCCAAACCGUACACAUUGGCCAAGCUUACUGGCACGUCUACACAUACCCCCGAGAUCCAAAAAGCAUUGAAAGAGUUUUGGUUGGAGGAUACCAAUGAGAAACGUGGUGGUUAG